AUGGACAUAAUGGUCAAAACUACUACUGUCACUCUUUUUCUUUGUCUUCUUCUGUUUCCUAUUGUCUUUUCCACACCCAAUGACAGAUUGGUCAGAAUUGGACUCAAAAAGAGAAAGUUUGACCGAAACAAUCGGUUGGCUGCCCACCAUGAUUCCAAGGAGGGAGAGGCAUUGAGAGCUUCUCUUAGAGAGUAUCAUCUUCAUGGGAACUUACGGGAAUCAGAGGACAUUGAUAUAGUGUCACUAAAGAACUACAUGGAUGCUCAGUACUUUGGUGAGAUUGGUAUUGGCACUCCUCCACAGAACUUCACUGUGAUUUUUGACACUGGUAGUUCUAAUUUGUGGGUGCCUUCAUCUAAGUGUUAUUUCUCGAUAGCUUGCUAUCUCCAUUCAAGAUAUAAAUCGAGCCAUUCAAGUACUUACAAGGCUAAUGGUAAACCAGCAGAUAUCCAAUAUGGCACUGGAGCUAUUUCUGGAUUCUUUAGUGAGGACCAUGUAACAGUUGGUGAUCUUGUAGUUAAAAGUCAGGAAUUUAUUGAGGCAACAAGGGAGCCUAGCCUAACAUUUUUGGUUGCCAAGUUUGAUGGUAUACUUGGACUUGGAUUUCAAGAGAUUUCAGUUGGAAAUGCUGUGCCUCUGUGGUACAAUAUGGUCAAUCAAGGUCUUGUUAAGGAACCGGUUUUUUCAUUUUGGUUUAACCGCAAUCCUGAGGAUGAUAUAGGUGGAGAAGUGGUUUUUGGUGGGAUGGAUCCAAAACAUUACAAGGGGGAUCACACUUAUGUUCCUGUAACACGGAAAGGAUACUGGCAGUUUGAUAUGGGUGAUGUCCUGAUUGGUGACCAAACAACUGGACUUUGUGCCGGUGGCUGCAGUGCUAUCGCUGAUUCCGGGACUUCCUUGUUGACUGGUCCCACGGCUAUUAUUGCUCAAGUCAAUCAUGCUAUUGGAGCAACAGGGGUUGUAAGUCAAGAAUGUAAGGCUGUAGUUUCAGAAUAUGGAGAAACAAUAAUUGAUAUGAUAUUAGCAAAGGACCAACCACUGAAAAUUUGCUCACAAAUAGGUUUGUGCACAUUUGAUGGAACUCGAGGUGUAAGUAUGGGGAUUGAAAGCGUUGUGAAUGAGAAUGCUGGAAAAGCGUCUGGCAAUUUUCGUGAUGCAAUGUGUUCCACCUGUGAGAUGGCUGUUAUUUGGAUGCAAAACCAGAUUAAGCAGAACCAGACACAGGAGCGUAUACUUGAAUAUGUCAAUCAGCUCUGUGAUCGGUUGCCUAGUCCGAUGGGAGAAUCAGCUGUGGAUUGUAACAGUCUAUCUUCUUUGCCUAAUGUCUCCUUCACAAUUGGUGGAAAGAUAUUUGAGCUUACCCCUGAGCAGUAUGUCCUGAAAGUGGGCGAGGGAGAUGUAGCCCAAUGCAUUAGUGGAUUCACUGCUCUGGAUGUACCACCUCCUCGCGGACCUCUCUGGAUCCUGGGCGACGUGUUCAUGGGCCAGUUCCAUACAGUUUUUGACUAUGGGAACAUGCGAGUUGGAUUUGCCGAGGCUGCAUAAGUGAAACUUUUCUACGUUUAAACACCUUAGUUUAAUGCAGUUGUUAAUAUUACUCUUAAAAAGUGUGGGAUUAAGUAUCAAAUGAUAAUUGCAUGUAAAUACCUAUGCAACAUGAUCUCUGAUUUUCACCAGAUUGUUGCUUGUGGUGGCUACUUGAACGAGGAAUGUUGAACUUUGUGUUUCUUCUUGUUAAAUAUCAAGUUUGUUCGAUCGUUCAUGUACUUUAAAAUCAA